AUGACCUCAGGUCUCGACGUAACCCCAGGGUAUCCUCCUAUGCAGACAUGGCACGCCCAUGUCAUCACUCAUACUACGAUGUACGCUUCCAUGUUCCACAGCAAUUUCUACUACACUGAAACUGCCCCUACUCCAUACUUCGUUUACGGAUCCUUCACCCAGACUUACGACGCCUAUGGGAAUCCUUAUCCACCCAUGGAAGAAUUCUACUCCUCAUAUGAUGCUCAACCAUCCAUGCAGUUCCCGGACAUGAACCAAGCAGGGUUGCCCACACUGCCUUUCGAAUCUCAGACAACGUUUCCUACCCCAGAUGCUCAACCCUACGGAUAUGAGAGCACUCCAGCGGAGCCUCUAUACAUUGGCGAUAUUCCAAGCUAUAUGAACGAUUCCUCCCAGGAACAAAUUUCAAUUUUCAAUAACUCGGCCGCAUUUUCUGAUGUCAGCGACACUACCGUACCAUACGUAGAAGAAGGGGGAUUCUAUCCAGGAAUUCUCGCCCAAGCUCAUCGUUCACGACAACCCGUUCUGAUCUACCAUAUUCCGAAGACGGAUCUCUGCUAUGUAUACAAUCGCUUUGAUGACACCUAUGGAGAGAAGGCAACAUAUAUUUGUAGAGGGUGCUCUAUGCUGAAGAGACACGUACAGGCAGAGGUAAUAAGUCUCUGCUACUUCACCGAGGAUCCUGUCCGUGCCGGUCAUAUCUGCCAUCCGAAGUGCUUCAGCAAAGAAAUGGCAGCACGAAAGGCAGUUACGGCAACCAACCGAUGCAUGGGCGAUGACUCCGGUCUGGGAGAAAGUUUCACUCAAAUUUAA